GCAAGGGGCAGAGUUGAGAUGAAGCCCUUGUGCCUGGUGGUGUUCUGUGCUCUGGUCUUGGUUUCGGCCAAGGAAAACGAGAAGCAAGAAGAAAAGAAAAAUGAGAAGAGAGGCCUUUACCAUUUUGGCGGUUCUUUUGGAGGAUUAGAAGGAGGACAUGGAGGAUACGGGGGUUACGGGGGUUACGGAGGAGGUAACUUCGGCCACGUCCAACUGGAAGGAGGAUUUACACCCCUCGUUCUACACGGAGGCGGCAGUCACGAAGAGCAUCACCACGUCAAAGCGGUCACGAUAACUAAAAAGGUACCCGUUCCUUACCCCGUCACCGUUGAAAAGAAAUAUCCCGUCAAAGUCGAAGUGCCAGUCGACAAGCCUUACCCAGUAUAUGUGCCUAAGCCUUAUCCCGUUUACGUAGAAAAAAAGGUUCCGUACGAAGUCAAAGUCCCAGUCCCACAACCUUACACCGUGGAGAAAAAAAUACCUUACCCAGUGAAAGUCCCAGUUGACAAACCCUACCCCGUCCCAGUAGUCAAACCAUACCCUGUGUACGUAGAGAAAAAAGUCCCAUACCCUGUAGAAAAAACAGUCCAUUACCCGGUUAAAGUGCCAGUAGACCGUCCCUAUCCUGUUCACGUGCCAGUUGAAAAGCCCGUUCCUUACCCCGUUGAAAAGCCGGUGCCUUAUCCCGUAAAAGUACCUGUUGACAAGCCCGUACCUGUACCAGUAGAAAAACCUGUGCCUGUACCUGUCGAAAAGCCAGUGCCUUAUCCCGUUGAAAAAGUUGUCCACUACCCGGUCAAAGUACCGGUCAAGGUGCCUGUCGAAGUUCCUUACCCAGUUGAAGUUAAAAAAGCCGUACCAGUCUACGUGCCUGUAUACCAUCACGUCGGUGGAUACGAAGGAGGAUCUGGAGGUGAAGGCGGCGGCUAUGGAGGUGGCUAUGGAGGCGGUUAUGGCAGUGGCAACGGAGGUGGCUACGGAGGCGGUUACGGCAGUGGCAACGGAGGUGGCUAUGGAGGCGGUUACGGCAGUGGCAACGGAGGUGGCUAUGAAGGCGGUCACGGAGGCAGCUAUGGAGGUGGCUAUGGAGGCGGACACGGAGGCGGCUAUGGAGGCGGACACGGAGGCAGCUAUGGAGGUGGCAACGGUGGAGGAUAUAGCUUUGGAUACGGUGGCGGCUACGGAGAUGGACAUGAAGGCGGUUACGGAGGUGGCGAACUGCAUUCCUACAAUUCAGCUAGUUCCGAAGGACUAGGAAGCUACCACAGCGGACUCGAUGGUGGCUCUUUGGUUUUCGAAGGAGGGCACGGUUACCAAAGUAAUGGCCACUCGGAAGGUGUCUCUGGAGGCGGUUCUUCCCACCAUGGUUCUGGAUCCAGCCAUGUCGAGUCGAAAACCUACGGCGAACACGGCCAUGCCUCAGGAUACUCAAGCGUCGUCAAUCACGGUUGACUCAAAUCCCUCCAAUGAUCUUCAUAUUUGUAUAAAUUCUGGUCAGCUUUAAAAUGUUGUAUGUUUUAUA